AUGCGAAGCCUCGCCGCUUCUGCCGCUUCUGCCGCUUCUGCCGCUCUCGACCUCCUCACCACUGCGGCGCCGUCGGCCGCAGAUCGCCGCAACGAUCUUGACCCUGACCUCGAUCUCGAUCUUGACCUCAACCGUGUUCUCGAUCUUAGCAUCGUUCUCCACCCCGAGUGGCACAAUGUUGUCGCAAAAGCGGAUGCUCGACGGCUUCAAGCGGCCAAGUCGCCUGUUGCAUCGCAUGUUGGUGCAGCCGAACUCCGAGUUCGUCGAGCUCAUGUUCGGACCGCCGUACUGCCGGGCCGUCGGCUUUCUGGGCGCCUGCGUUGA